GCUGGGGGUUGGGAGGCAGUGACGAUUGGUCCGCUCUCACAGACAGACACGGGCAGUCAGGGGCUGCAAGGGGCAGGUCGACAGCUAGGAAAUAGUAAUAAUUUAUUAGAAUAUGCAUUGAAUAUGUGGUAACAAGGAAUUAGAAACUUAUAGCACACUAUGAUAUGUUGCUGUAAAGGGGUGGUUCUCUCAGUAAGUGAAAUGCAUGCAUAUAUUUAUCUUUUGAAGGGGCCGCCGGUGGAGUAACAGCUAUCGCAAGUAGAGACAGUGUAUGUCCACAGGAUCCUGGCCUAGUAUUGCUGCUACUGGGAUUCUCCUUAUCCGAUUUCACAAAAUUGGAAAACAGCACAUUUAAUUAUAUAAAUUAAAGGGUUGACAGUUGUUUUUGCGGUGACGGACAUUUCAAUGGGUGGAGACAUGGCAGCAUGAGUCAGCCCUAUGAACUGCCCAUCAAAGAUGCUCAGGCCUGCUGCUCUGACCCAACAUUGACCUCUGCCCCCAAUGACCCUGUCUCCCCCUGCUCAAAGCACCAUAACCACAAUUCAAGACUAGACCCUCCACGUGCCAUGCAGCUGUCCACCGCCCCUGCCCCGAAAUCUACAUCCACCUAUGGGUUCAUCAAGGACCUAUCUUCCUCCUACAGCCCUCUGAGAAGGCUACAGCACCUGACCACCAUGGUCAGCCACCCAGACCUGGUCCUACCUGGAGUCGGGGAGAGGGCCUCCCAGGGCUCCAGGGAAGACUCGCAUACCCGGAAUGCUGUUGGGAAAACUGACAUCGGAAAUUCCUUGGCCCUCACAGCUACACAGCCAGGCAGCAGAGACACAGACAAUAGUAAGACUAAUCUUAGUGUGGAGAAGAAGAGUGACUGUUGCUUCUCUGACCCACCCAGUCCAGCUUUCUCACUGGAUAGCAACAGCCCCUUUGCAAAUGGCUAUCUGCACUUUGAGUCCACUUUGUUUGAUGAUGAGAAUGAUGAUGAUAAUGCAGAGGAUGAUGAGGAUAUAGCGUUGCCUCUGACAGACAGAGGGAGAAAAGUUGGAAAGUCACCUGAACCUCUUCCUGGACUUUUAAACUUGAAGGUUAAAAAUAUACCAGAGCCAGGGCUCUCUGUGGGUAAAGGCUUGCAGUCCCCUGGUGUCCCCCCAUUUACAGCACACGAUGGGUCAGACGAGGACUGGGGGAGUGACUGUGAGCCUCUCUCUCUUGGGAAUAGCCCCUCUGGGCCUGCAAUGAUGGGCAGCCCAAAGAAGAAGUCCUUACCACCUGUAAAGUUUUUAGAAGGUGAAGUUAUAUGGGCAAAGUUCAACCGAAGACCCUGGUGGCCUUGUGAGGUGACUGUUGACCCACUACAGGGAACCUAUCACAAAAUGAAAGAGCCCAGUGACAGGCCUUGUCGGCUGUACCACAUCAGGACCUUUGGGCCGCCUGUGGAACUGGCCUGGGUCACAGGGAAAGCUAUACACACAUUUCAUGGAGGCUUUGAGUUCGAACAGCUCCCCUUGCUGCGCAAGAGAGGAAGGCAAAGGGACGAAGACUAUAAAUACAUUAUACCCAAGAGGUUUAAUGCAUCUUGGAAAACCAGUGUGGCUGAAGCAGAAUCUGUCCUCCCAGAGCGACCCAAAACAGAUGUCUCUAUACCUGACUCCAUAGAUACAACCCUCUAUGAUGGGUCCAGAUCAGAAAAAGAGGGCAAGGCCCUUCCAACUCCCCCUUCCAAUCCAUCCAACUGUAUACCCCUUGCACCAAGCAACUUAACAUAUGGAUCUCUGUCACCACACAGUAAACAUUCCCCAACAAAAGUAAGCACUUCCAAGAAGCCUCAAAGCAAAAAGAAGCCAAGUAAAGCGUUUAAAGCUAAAAAUGAGUGCUUGAACACCAAAACAACAUUUGACAGCACUAACAAGCCAGAGGGGGACAUAAAAGAAUGUCCGUAUUCGGACCUUGACUCUAUCCCCAAUAUUUUGUGUCCUAAAGCACUUGAGCGUCAAUCCAAGCAUGCUCAGACUCAGCCCUCAGUUCCAGUAGUAAAAGAGGUGAAGAAGCAGCCUGAAGGACACAGUCGCCUGUGGUUCAGCAAACCAGGAAAAGACAGGCGUCUCAACACUACCGCCUCCUUAUCUAACCACAGUGCCUUCAGCAAGGGCCCCUGCAAGAAAAAGACUCAAACUGCAGCUGCUGUCAACAGAAAGACUCAAGCGUCCAGUGCGGCCAUCAAGGAAUGCUCUAUUGAUCAGUCGAAGACUCCAGUGUCCAGCGUAAUAGUCAAAGAACACCCUGCUGAUCAGUUGAAGACUCCAGUGUCCAAUGCAACAUUCAAAGAUAUUACUGGUGAUCAGUCGAAGACUCCAGGGUAUAGUGUAACAGUCAAAGAACGUCCUGUUGAUCAGUUGAAGCCUCCAGUCUCAAGUGUGCACAAGCCUCCUGAUGAGUCGAAGGCCCUGGGCAAGCAGCCUGCACAUCUGCCUGCUAGCAACCGCCUGAUGACCAGAGCUCUUAAAGCUAUGGAGUUAGCAGUGCGGAAACAGAAUCUGUUCUCCAGCCCAAAGCCUGGCUGUUUCCUUCCUAUCAACAAGACAGAGGAGGAGGUGUCAUCUUCCACAAACACUCCUUCUGAUAAACCAGAGACCAAAACAGACUGUUAUACAGAGGAAAAACUUUUAAAGGUUGACAACGAUAAUCAGUCCUCCUCAAAGUUCACCAGGUCGAAGGACUUUGAAGCAGAGGUUAAGACUGAAGAUGAGGGCUUCUUGAUAUCCCAGAUGCCUGUGGACUUUAUACCUCUGACAUCUGGGAAGGCAAAGAAAAAUAACUGUGUGUCUGACAUGUCCUCCUGUUCCUUGCCAUGCUUCUCUCCCAUGGACGCCUUCAAAGACAUUAAAGAGUUAUCUUUCAAGUCCCUGGAAUCAAGUGAGGGUGAUGGGAAACCUGUGUCUUUUAAACCAGACACUAACUACAAGUUCAGUACUUUCCUCAUGCUGCUGAAGGACAUGCACGAUACCAGGGAGAAAGAUGGAACUCCCUUGGAGCUGGAAAUCGGACCACCUAGUGCUCAUGUAAAAGAGGAGCCUUCCGUGAUUCCACCCUUACUGGGAGAGGAGUCACUCGGUCAAGGCCCGAGUCUCAGUAAAAGUCAACAAGGCAAGAGCAAAACCAAGGCCAAGCCCAAACCCAAAUCUACUCUGAAGGUAGAAAUCCCACAACUUGAAGGCAGCACAAACCAGGUCGUGAAAAGGCUAGCCAAAAACAGAGGCUCGUCCGAGACUAAAAAGAAACCGAAUGGAAAAGUGCCUUUUGGUAAGAGGUCUCCUGGACCUGGCUACCUUGGGAUAGAAGCCUUGCACCACCUUCCGAGCAAUUCUUGGGAGAAGUUUGACCAGGAUUUAGAGACAUUAGGGGGGGUGGGGGAGGGCUGCAGUAGGCUAACGAAUGAGAGACUACAGAACAUGGUGCCUUUGGAGCAGGGUGGUGCAGAACCAUCAGUGUCCUUUCAGCCAAAGACAGCAUUGGACGAGCAGACUAUCACUGCCACAAUUUCUGCAAACACUACACAAUGUACUGGGGAAGGCCAGGAGGCUCCCACAGCACAUAAACGAAUUCGAAAACCAAGCAAAAGACUCAUAGAAUGGACAGAAGAGUACAGUCAGAUAAUCUGCACAAGGAAGAAACAGAAAAAGCCCCUCCAGUCUUUGGGAAAGGUGGCACAUUCCAACAGCAACAAACCAGAUCCCCUACCAUCAGGGAAAACCACACAUGACCACGCCCCUCUGAACCCAGUUCCUGAAAUACAAACUCUGCCCCCAGACGAACGAUCCAAGACCCCCACUGGACAAGCCCCUCCCCCAAUACAGAAUACUCCCCCUCAGGAUGCACCUAUCCUGUCCAUAGAUACUCUAACCCCACCUCCUGAAGCAGACCAUUCGCUGCUGAGUGACGGUCUGACAAAGAAUGUUGGUGACGUUCCUUACUUGGAAACCAUCCGUAAGAGACAGAGGAAACCAACUCCGAAGAUUAUGGAGGCUACCACAAUUCCAAAGAAGAGGGUCAAGUCCCUGAAGACCAUCUUAUCAAGUCAUCCUCUUCCUUCAGGCUCUGGACAACUCUUUUCUAAAUCAAAGAUCAAGCAACCUACCACACCUACCCCUGCACCCUCCACGUUUACACCCUGCACCCCUGCACCCUGCCCCCUAACCCAGAGCAGCCUGGAGAAGGGGUCAGACUGUGACGUCACCAAGCCCCCCAGUGAGGAAACUGAUCUUCAUAACGAUGGGAGGGAUACCCUAGACCCAGAGGGUUUUACAUCCAGUUUGGAUGACAGCUUUUCAUCCAUGAGGGAGGAGUCUUCACUGUGCGAUGGCCCACUCUCCCCCAAUAAGAAGAUCAUAGGGGACAGAGGGGGCGCUGCCUCAUUGAAAGAGAAUGUGUGUCAGGUGUGUGAGAAGACUGGGGAGCUGCUGCUGUGUGAGGGCCAGUGUUGUGGGGCCUUCCACCUCCAGUGUAUCGGCCUCACAGACCCUCCUAUAGGGAAGUUCGUCUGCCAGGAGUGCAAGUCUGGUCUCCACACCUGUUUUGCGUGUAAGAAGCCCGGGGAGGACGUGAUGCGCUGUAUGAUCCCAGUGUGUGGGAAGUUCUACCAUGGAGAGUGUAUAGCUAACCACGCUCCCACUGCCCCCCUGCACCUGGGUUUCCGCUGCUCUCUCCACGUCUGUCUGUCCUGCUUCAUAACCAACCCUGUCAACCCCUCCGUCGCCAAAGGUCGUCUGACGCGCUGUGUGCGCUGCCCUGUGGCGUACCAUGCCAAUGACUACUGCAUGGCAGCGGGCAGUGUGGUCCUAGCCAACAACAGCUUCCUGUGUCCCAACCACUUCACCCCCCGCAGGGGUUUCCGCAACCAUGAACACGUCAAUGUCAGCUGGUGCUUUGUCUGCUCCGAAGGGGGCAGUCUGCUGUGCUGUGAGUCGUGUCCUGCUGCCUUCCACCAGGAGUGUCUGAACAUCGACAUGCCCGAGGGCAGUUGGUUCUGCAACGACUGCCUGGCCGGGAAGAAGCCCCACUAUAAGGACAUCCUGUGGGUCAAAGUGGGCCGAUACAGGUGGUGGCCUGCGGAGGUCAGCCAUCCCAAGAACAUUCCGGAGAACAUCUUACGUAUGAGGCACAAUGUAGGAGAGUUCCCUGUGCACUUCUUUGGCUCCAACGACUACCUGUGGACCUACCAGGCCCGAGUCUUCCCCUACAUGGACGUAGACACCAACAACAAGGAGAAGAUGGGGAAGGGUGUAGACGCCAUCUACAAGAAAGCUUUGGAGGAAGCUGCUAGCAGGUUUCUGAAACUGCAGGCAGAGAAAGAACUGAGACAGCUUCAGGAGGACAGGAGGAACGACAAGAAACCCCCUCCAUACAGACACAUUAAGGUGAAUAGGCCAAUCGGGAAGGUGCAGUUCAUUACGGCCGACCUAUCAGAGAUCCCGCGCUGUAACUGCAAGGCAUCGGACGAGAACCCUUGUGGCAUUGACUCUGAGUGUAUCAACCGCAUGCUGAUGUAUGAGUGCCACCCCCAAGUGUGCCCAGCAGGGGAGGGCUGUCUUAACCAGGCCUUCACCAAGCGCCAGUACAGCCAGGUGGAGAUCUUCAGGACGCUGGCACGAGGCUGGGGCCUCCUCUGUGCCCACGACAUCAAGAAGGGGGAGUUUGUGAAUGAGUACGUAGGAGAGGUGAUCGAUGAGGAGGAGUGUCGGGCCAGGAUCAAACACGCCCAGGAUAACGACAUCUGUAACUUCUACAUGCUGACUCUGGACAAGGAUCGGAUCAUCGACGCUGGUCCGAAGGGGAAUCAGGCCCGCUUCAUGAACCAUAGCUGCCAGCCCAACUGUGAGACCCAGAAGUGGACGGUGAAUGGAGAUACACGUGUGGGGCUCUUCGCUCUCAUAGACAUCCCUGCAGGCACAGAGCUGACGUUCAACUACAAUCUGGAGUGUCUGGCCAAUGGGAAGACUGUGUGUAAAUGUGGAGCUCCAAACUGCAGCGGCUUCCUAGGAGUCCGGCCAAAGAACAACCCUCCAGCAGACGACAAGGGCCGCAAGCUGAAGAAAAAGGUCCAGGCUAAACGGAAGAACAAGAUGGAGGUGACCAAGGAGAGGGAGGACGAGUGCUUCAGUUGUGGGGACGGGGGACAGAUUGUGUCCUGUAAGAGACCAGGCUGUCCCAAGGUCUACCACGCAGACUGUCUCAACCUCACAAAAAGGCCUGCAGGUCGGUGGGAGUGCCCGUGGCACCAGUGUGACCUGUGUGGUAAGGAGGCGGCCUCCUUCUGUGAGAUGUGUCCCAGCUCCUACUGCACACUGCACCGCGACGGCAUGCUCUUCAUCUCCAAACUGGACGGACGGCUGUCCUGCAGCGAACACGACCCCUGUGGACCAGACCCCCUGGAGCCAGGGGAGAUCAGGGAGUACCUACCCGACACUGGGGCUCUCUCAACAGGCCCGGGGGCUGGUAUUGUACCCCCUCCUGCUGCUGCUGUGGCUGGUGCUGCUGCUACUACAAGGGGGACAGGGGACCCCCAACCUAGCCCUGGCCCUGAGUCUUUCCCCCCUCGCCCCAUCUCUUGCCCCAUCUCUGGCCCAUUCUCUGGCCCCAUCAGCACCCCUCUACCCAGCUCGAAGGCCCUCGAUAGCUCUCACCUAUUCCUUCCCCAAUACUCACCCAUCUCUUCCUACGGAGAUGAGAAGGAAGAAAUUGAGGAUCCUUUUUGUGAUGAAGAGGGGGAUGGAGAGGGGAUUGAGGGAGAGUUGGAGGAUGGAGAGAUGGAAGGCUUAAAGUUGAAAGAUGAAGAGGAGGAGAAAGAAGAAGAGGAGGGAGAGGGAGAAGAAGAGGAGGGUGAGGAAGAAGAGGAGUAAAGACCUAUGUCCUUUUUCAACAACUCUGCAUCCUGGCUAAUCAUUCAUGGGGGGGUGGGGAGAAGAGCUACCUGCUUGUUCUUGAGGGUGGGACUGUGCUCAGCAUCAUGUAGAUUCACUCAUCUUUGUAUAUAAGGAUCCAUGUACAGAUGAUUUAUAGAUCUGUGAAUUUGAACACCGCCUUGUUCAGACAGACCCCUGAGAAAUAGCAGGAUGAAACAAUGUGGCCUGGAGCUGGAGUGUCGAAAUGGAGCAGGAGGGAGUUUCCUUUGGACACUGAUUUAUGGUCAAUUUUCCCCCUAAUAGUCCCAGUUAGGGGUUGUGAUAGGUAUACUGAUCCUAGACCUGUGCCUAAGGGCACAAUGGGUAUGAUAGUAACUCUAGUCAUAUAGAUAGGUCCAUUUGAAUCUCUUCUUUGUUCGUUGUCAUAGUUGUUGGUUUGUGGUUUUAAUAACAUGUUUACAUUUCUGCACCUCCUCUUGGAGAACACGGCAACUAAUGUAUCUGAAGCUUCACCUUUAUCAAAGGGGAGACUGAAGAGAGGAGGAGCAGUACUGUCAAAGGCACAGAAAUCCCCUCAUGAGAAAGUAGCCUAUGGUGUGUUAGAUGGGCCUGUCAAGCUGGUUCUCUCUGUAGCAACUCUCCUACAUGGCACAAAUGAGUAAUGCUGUGAAAUUAGUGCGUCAGCAAUGGAAAUUAUUAGUCACGCAAUCAGUCAUUUCAACCUUGUCAUUGUACAGUCUAUAUCCAUACCUAUUUGAUGAUGAUGAAUCUAUCGUCUCUGCUGGCAUCUGCCUUACCACACCAAAUGAUACAGACACCUAGACAAUACACAUGAAAUCAAAUGGCUUAGUUAGUAAAUGUGGGUAGUACAUCAAGGUGAUAUUGAUAUUGAACAUGCCUAUAUCCUAAUCCAUGACUGCACUUUGCGUUUUCCCUUAACCCUGGCAUUGCAUUGCGGAAAGCUCCUCUGUACUGAUAUCUAUUUGGGGUGCAGUUGGCUGUACUGUAGGUCUUUGAACACAACUGAAAUCUGAUUGAGUGGUCAACUAACGUAAAUUCAAUGUGAAAUCAACCAAAAAUGUCACCAUGUCAUUGGGUUUAGGUUAAAAGUUGCUGACUUUUUGAAAAUCCAAUCAGUUUCCACGUUGAUUCAACGUCAUCACAUUUCAUUUUUUGGGUUGAAAUGACGUGGAAACAACAUUGAUUCAAGCAGUUUUUGCCCAGUGGGAAGCUUCCUUGCAUGGUCUAGCUUUCCCUUCAAACUGAACUGAACCUUCAAUGUGAAAGUGCCAGAGUGUACUCAGCAGUUGAGUAAGCUACUUGACUUAACCUUGACGACAGCUAGCUCACUUGUGUGUAUUAUAUUCUCUAUGACAUAUUUAUAUUGACUUUUAUAACGCACAAAUGAAGAUGGGACUGACUUCUAGUAGUGACAUUGCUGUAUGUCACUUUAUAUAAUCCAUACUUUCUGUUUGCUCGGCUAUACUCCUUGCCAUUAGUUUAGCACUAAAAAGUACACUGGUCCACUCCCCUGCUAAAAUGCUUUCACUACAGUAUUUGUCUCAGCUAUGUGUUUUCUCCCUCUUGAAGCUUGUCUCUACAUCACUCUUUGUUGUGUCAGUUUUUCUUCUCUGCUUAUGCCUUUCCAAUUGAGUCAAUCAGUGUUUGGGUUUUUGUGAAGUUGAUUCUAGAGGGCCAGAGAACAGAAUGAAGUGGAUUUGCCACUUUCCAGUUAUGUAAUGUUGUGUUUCCAUUUCUGAAGCUUAUAACACACUUUUACUCCAAAUCUGCACAAUACGCACUAUUUUUACUGCUUUAUGUAUCCCAAUUUUGUCACUUUAGUCAUGUCGAAGUAUCUCUAGCAGCCUUUAUCUAUUAAAACUUAACUGGCUUAGUUUUAGAUGAGGCCCAUGAAAAGAUAUGUGCAAUUUCUUAUAUUUUAAUAGAAAACCAACCUGUUUUUUAAUGACUUGAAAAAUUGGUAAAACGGUUCCAAGGGUCCCUCUUGUCCAUAUACUGUACUGUAAAGGUUGCCAUGGUGCCCCCUGCUGUUGUUCCGAUAUACAGAUACAGGCACCCACCGUCAUGGCCAAAGUAAAUAUUUAUCUGACUUGAACAUAUUUAUAGCACUAAAACGCCUACGAAUUAUAAAAACACAGAUAGAUUUAACUGAUCUGUUGGAAGAGUAUUUGUACAUUUUAGAUUGGCCUAGCCUGUCCUUCCAAAAUCUUAUAUAAUAUGUAUAUACAUUUUGUAUAUGAAAGCUAUAUAUGAUGAAUGAUUAAAAAACAAGAGCUAAUAAUGAGUCUAGAGCCAGUGGAUAUCAUGCGUUCUCUGGUCUCAGCUUUGUCAUCAACCAUUCCCACAAACAGGAUCACUUCAACUUUGAUACAUAUUUGUUGUUUACGGUUGAGUUUCUGUCAACAGACGUGGUUAAUAACACUUUAUAUUGAUGUAACAGUAUCACAGUAAUCAAACAGGCUAUGAAAGCAUACAGUAUGAGGAGGUCGAGGAUCAUUUCUGGUCACGACAUGAGCUGGGAAUCGGAAGAGUCGGGAGAUUGAAGGCUCAACUAUCACUACAGUACCUUUGGGACUUGAUAUGAUAAUGAGCUGUAUAUCAUUUUGCUUUAAUAUAUUCCGUUUCUACAUUGUCAGUUACCCCUCCCUCCUCUUUGGAGGGUUCUUUGAUGUGGCACAAAGGAAGAGUUGGGAGGCUGUAAAAUAUUUUUCUACAUAUCUACGUAUGUAACAAAGCUGGACAUUGUUUUUCUACUGCUGUUUUUGUUGUUGUUGCCGUCAUGCUUCUUAGCUUCUGACUCUCUUCCCUCUGCCUUAUUAAGCCUUGUGUAAUUCAUCUGUUCAAAUUGUAGCUGUUGAAGAGUUCAAUAAUAUCCUGCUGCCUUGUGAGGAUAUUGAAAUGUGCUGGAGUCCUUUGUACAUAAUAAAGAAAAAAAUGUAAGUUGCAAUUA